AGGAGUCCAAAGGCCAAGUUCCUGGCGCUGGGAAGCGUCCAAAAUGCGAUCUGUUGGUAUCGGCACACGCAGAAGUGCGGUUGAAAAUUUGACCUGUGUUGGGUUCUUUUUUUAGAUUUUACUGAAUGUCAUGUCGUUGUUAACGGCUUCAAACUAGAAGUUUCUCUGUACCUACCGUUUCUGUGGUGGGCCAAUCUUGAGUCCUAUAUAUUUCUGGUGGUUGGGAGUAGUGACUGCUGUAUCUAUGCACACUGCAAGUUUUACAAAUUUUUGACAUGAAUCUUAAGUUUCCUUUUAUUCUCUGGUGAUGUCGAAGAGGCAACUACAGGAGGAGGAUAAGGAGGGUGGUUCUGGAGGAUCAGCAAGAAGGCCUAACAUUAACUAUUUGAGAAAUGUGAUCGGAGAGCUGUCACCGGAUCAAUUUGCAUCAUAUUUCGAGCCCCUCUUUCGGAAAGUGGUUAGGGAGGAAGUGGAACGUGCAAUCCCGUGCUUUCAUGAUCCGUCGUUAAGAGCACAAUCUAAUCCUGUUGGGACUUCUGAAGAAAGCAGUCUUCGACUGCAAUUUGUUACCAAAUUACCAGCAACCAUCUUCACUAACUGUCAGAUAGAAGCCGAGGACAGUACUCCUCUCAGGAUCGAACUAUUUGAUGGUAGGACCAAUGAGAGGGUUACAAGUGGCCCCCUAUCUUCAAUAAAGAUCGAAAUCGUCAUCCUCGAUGGAGAUUUCGGGUCAGAUGAGGAAGAGGAUUGGACCGAGAAGGAAUUCAAUGGAAAAAUCACCCACAAAAGGGAAGGGAAAAGGCCAUUGGUAACCGGGGAGCUUACUGUGAUGUUGCAAGGAGGAAUUGGUUGUCUCCGUAAUUUAAUCAUCACCGACAACUCGAGCUGGAUGAGAUGUCGGAAAUUCAGAUUAGGAGCUCGAGCUGUUCAAAAGGUUUCUGCAGAAAUAAGAAUAAGGGAAGCGAGAAGUGAAGCUUUCGUUGUUAAAGAUCAUCGAGGAGUUUUGAACAGGAAGCACCACCCUCCAUCACUGAGCGAUGAAGUGUGGCGUUUAGAGAAAGUAGCCAAAGACGGUGCUCUACAUAAGCGCAUGACUUCAAGGGGAAUCAACACUGUUCAAGAUUUCCUCCAGCUGUACGAAGCUGACGAAUCCUCUCUAAGAAAUAUACUUGGUGAUCGGGUUGCUAACGGAAUAUGGGAGAUGAUUGUCAAACAUGCCAGGACCUGUGUGGUCGACAAUAACAAGACAUACGCUUACUAUCAAGCUUCAAACCAGGCCGGUAUACUGUUUAACUCAGUGAUGAAAGUGGCUCAAGCAACACUUGACGGCCAAACUUACCAGUCACUAGACCAAUUGACCCACUCUCAGAAGAUUUUGGUGCAGAACUUAAGAAGGCAAGCUUACUGUAACAAGAAUCGAUGGGUGCUGCUUGAUGCCUUACCCAGCAUCACUCCUCUGAGUGCCCUGACCAACUUGCCUAUGGAGUCAUCAAUUGUACUGAGCCCGCUUCUUCAUCAUCUAGAUCACACAGUGCCAAACCAAGAGAACCCACAAUUAGAUUGCCUGGAGCCACAGAAUCAUAUUAUCGCGGCUAUUAUCAAUCAGACAGCAGCCAAAAGCUUAGGAAGGCAGGACUUUUCGUCCUAUUUUAGUGCUGGUGAAAGCAGUUAUCGUCCUGGUUACUCACAAGGACCGUUUGCGCCAAACCAUUCGUCUCCUGAGGAGCUUUUCAUAGUGCCAUCUCCAAUCCCUGGCAAUUUGAUGGGGCCACUGGAGCACACUUUCAUCAUCGGAUCGAGCAGCAGGGCAGAUUUUGGGAUCUGUCCAUCUGGCACAGGUUUCAGAGUUUGGAAUUCUAGAAUCUCGAAGCCCAGAGCAGCGUGGUGCAAGAUCCGUGCCGUGGUGAAGUGGGGAUCAGUUCGGCGUGUCGUGGCUGCAAAGAGAACAGCAAUGUUCAAUUGGGCACAUUAUUAAGCUGUAUACAUGGAGAGCCCAUCCCCCAAGAGAAUUUUGGGUGCUCUAGGAGCACAAAGCUCUCAUCCACCCAAGCCAAUCAUCACGUAUGAAGUAUCAACAAACAGAAAGGAGGAAAUUCAUGAUACUUGAUCGCAGUGAUUGUCUUGGGUGGAUGAGAAUGUCUUGUUCGGGGAGGCACCAAAUUUCUCCAGAGCAUCUAAGGUUAAGCUGCCCUAGAUGCAUCAACUUAGAAUAAUGCCUCAUCACUGCAGUUAUCUCUAUUGUGUUAUCUUGAGUACCAUUUCAUUUUUUGAAUUAAGUUGUGCACCAUCAACAUGGGGCUGCCAGUCUUAACCAGUCUUAGGAAGUAUCUCAAUACAGGGGUUUUUUCUUCAAGAAUUGUAAGCCUUUUGUUUCCUUCUUCAAGAAUUGUUCGGCAUUCUGUUUGUCCUAACCAA